AUGGCAAAAAAAUCGGGCAAAACAUCGCAUGAGGCAGAUUUAGUCGACGACGCCUUUGAUUCAGAUACAUCAUUAGAAAAAUAUAUUAAUACCACCGAUAAUUCACCGUCAACAUCAUCCAAAACAUCGAGUGGUUCUCCGCAGCCGAAAAAGCGUUUUCUUAAAGAAAAAACAUCAAUACAAAAUGACUUGAAUAAAGAUCCAAAAUUCACAUCAUCCAUCGAUAAUGAUUUAUUACGGACAGAUUCACGACCGUUAAAUCCACUUGCCAAACCUGAUCUACACAUUCAAAAUGAUAGUAUUGUAAAUUCGUUCUCCAGCAGUAAUCUAUUGGAAGAGAAGAAAAAUGAAAGUACCAAACUUGGAAUGGAUACUUUGGAUGAAGAACAAGAAAAAGCGGCAUUUUUUAAAAAUUUAGAACAAGAUAAAGGUGCAACAUUAGAUUAUGGUAUACUGAAUAAACAAAUUGAACAUGAUCUAUUACGACAUAAUACGAGUGAUUUCGGAAAAACGAGGAAUUCAUUUGAUGAUAAAGCUACGCAUAGUACACCAUUACAUCAAGCAAAUGUUUUAUCAAAAAUUUCAUUGACAAAUGAACUUGAUCAAGAAUGUCUUGAACAAGAUAAAUUAACAAGAAAAGUAUCACAACCAUCAUUAGAAGAUGUUAGUAAAACAACAAAAACUAGAUCAACAUCACAUAAUACUGAAGGUGAUCAUGAAUUAUUUCGUACUGUCCAUCGUCAACAAUAUGAUGAUAUUCCCAUAUCAAAAAUGUCUACGACUUCCCAUCCUGGUUUUGGAUCAAAAACAUUUGUAACAACACCAAAAAAAUAUGAUCAAAACUCAACAUCUUCCAAACAAGUGACAACAACAAAGCCAAAGUCAAUCAAUUUAACUAAUAAUACAUUAUUGAAAAAUUUACCCAGUACUCGCUCAACAACUACAACGAAAACAGCAACAUCUCGCUCACCACAAAACAGACAAAAUAAUAGUUUUGGUAUAGUAUUUGAUGACAAGCCUUAUGAGACAACAAGAACAAGUCGACCGAAAAGUGAACCAAAAAAAUCGGCAUUAAAACAAAAAAAUAAUGAACCGCGUGCAUCGCUUAACGUCAAAAUAGAUGAUAAUUUAAAGGAAAAUCUGGCACAAGAACGAAGAAAUAUCGAACAAUUGAAAUUUGAAAAAGAUCGAUUAGUUGAAAAGUUGAAAGAAGUUCAAAAUGAACAUGAAAAAGAAAUAAAACAAUUACGGCAAGAUAAUUAUGUACUGCAAGCAAAAGUGUCAACUAUUAGUGAACCAUCAUCUUCACAACAACAAGGUAGUGGCAAUGCGCCAUCUCUACCAUCUGAUUUAUCAAAACGUCGAGAAUUAAACGAGUUAGAAAAAUUGGUUGAUGGAACUCAAUUAGAGAAUGAAAAAUUAUGCAAAAAAAUAAAAUUAAUUGAACAACAACAAAAACAAAGUGAAAAAUCAAUGUUUGAAGAAAAUGAACGUUUACGGCAAGAAUUAAUACAAACAAAAAAUCAACUAGAACAAGAAGAUAAAUAUCAACGUUUUAAUUUGAAUAAUAAUGCCACUAUAACACAUCAUGACAAUAAAUUGAAUGGAGCCAUUGUAUUAACUGAUUUAAAUAGCAAUAGUUCAGAUAAUAUAUAUUUAUUAAAACAAGAAAAUGAACGAUUGAAUACAAAAAUAAAUUCAUAUGAAUUUAGAGAGCAAACGCAUAGUGAUGACAUUAUGAAAUUAAAAAAACAAUUAAGUUGGUAUACGGAUACACAAAUGUCAAAUGAUCAAUUGAAACAGCAAUCGUUAAAACAGAAAAUAGAUGAAAUUAACGAUUUAAAACAAAAAUAUCAUCAAUUAGAAGUUAAAUAUCAACAACAAGAACAACAAAAAUCGGAUGAUCGUACUUUACGAUCGUUGGAUCAACGUCGAAUUCAAGAUUUAGAACGACAAUUAAAAGAGUUAGAAUUUAUUACACGUAAACAGCAACCAUCGUCACAAAUUGCCAUGACGUUGAAUACUACUUAUGAUAAACAUCAAAUGGAAAAUAAAUUAAGAAAAGUUGAAGAACAAUUGGUUGAAAAAAGACUAUACGAAGAAAAAUUGUUAAAAGACCUACAUAUUAGUGAACAAAAAUAUAAUUAUAUGAAGGCAAUAAAAAUGUAUGAAGAACGUCUGGAGCAUCUUGAGUCAGGUAUACAAUCAAAUUCUAUUCAGCCUAUUCGACGAUUUGAGGAACGAUUAAAUGAUCUAUUAACUAAAAAUGAAAAUAUUGUCAGUUCAAAUGAACACACAACACUUCGACAAGAAAACGAACAAUUAAAAUUUGAACUGGAAAAAGAACGUGAAAAAAAUACAACUGGAUUACAAAUACAACAGCAGCAGCAAACACAGCCAUUAUCAGCGCGUACAACGACAUUAAAACCGAGCCACUCUAGCGAACAACAAUCAAACAUAAACAAAACUGUACCAUUAAAAUCUACCAAACGUGAUUUAGAAACAAUUAAAUUAUUACGUUCAGAUUUAGAGAGAAAAAAUGAAGAAUUAGAUAAAUUACGAGCGUUGUACGAUGCCGUUUGUGUCCAACAUAAAAGUUUAAUAGCUGAACGAGAUCGAGAAAAAACACGUCAAGCAGUGCUCGGCAAUAAACCAUACAGUGCUAGUCGAUUUAUCGAGGCAAUAACGCCAGUUGAAUUGAUACAGUCAGAAAAUGAAGAUUUGAAACAUUUAGUUAAAAAACUUGAGCAUGAAACUGCACAUCGAGAAACAGAAUUGCAACGAUUGCGUGACGAACGCGAGUUUGCAAUACAAACGGCUAUCAGAAGUAAAGAUGAAGAAAUAAGUCAGUUACGUCAACAGCACAAAGUUGAACUUCAGCGUGCUCUCACUGAAAUUAGUGUUAAUGCAACCGAUGUGCGCAUCAGUGAACUAUUGAGAAAAGUGGAAACUCAGGAUGUUAUCAUUAGACAGUUAAAGAAACAAUGUGAACAAGCCGCAGACAAUGCCAAAGAGUUGGCCAUAUUACGAGUGAGCGAUGAUGAAUUGCGAUCAACAAUCACAAAAUUAGAAAAUAAGUUAGAUGAUGCUCGUUUACAUCAAACACCAAAAAUGAAACAUUUUCAACAAUUAGAAACAAAAAUACAACAAUUAGAUAGCCGUCUAGAAAAACGUGAACGUAUUCAAAAAGAUUAUAAAUCAAGUAUUUUAAAACAACAAGAAGAUAGCAAUGAUGAUGUAUAUAAAUUACGUUCAAUAAUACAACAAAAAAAUCAAGAAAUUGAACGUUUUCAUGUUGAAUUAGAUACAAUGCUACAAUUGUUAAAGCAAUUAAAAGGUCAAGAUCAUAAUUCAUUCAUAUAG